UUUGCAAACGCUUUCGUCGUUGUUUUUUUUUUUUGUGGGAAAAGCAAGGACGUCACAGAAGAGAGAGAGAGAAUAAAACGAAGAGACUUUUUUCAAUAACAAAUGAAAAAGACUUGCUAAAUUUUGGUGUUCAAUUUAUUAUUAUCGUAAAGACCAAUUUAUGUUGGUUUGACGAAGAUACGUUGUCACUGCAGUUGUAGCCAACAAAUUUCUGGCAUUUCGACGUGUUCAUCGAAAUUAUAAAACGAACAUUUUUACCCCUGGUGCUAACGGUUUGCAGAAAAUUGGUAGAAUGACGAAUGCAUCAACAAAAAUGACGAUAGAAGACAUGAUCCGUCACUAUCAACGCAGUAUCGAUAAGUCUCAGCACGAUCCAAAGAGGAUAUUACAUUGCAUUGGAAAAUUGAAUCGGAUGCAGGUGACCGUUAAGCAUUUACAAUUGACGAAAAUCGGCAAAACGGUGAAUAGUCUACGGAAAGAUGAUGGUGAAGUUGGAGAAGCGGCAAAAGCACUUGUCGCCAAAUGGAAAGAUAUGGUGAACAAUAGUGGCAGCGGUGAAGAGAAUGCUCCAGAUGAAUACAAUGAAGAUGACCAGAAUUACGAUGAUAAUAAUGAUGAUGAUGAUGAUACUCGCAAUACGGAAAUACACUCAGUAAGCCGUAGUGAAAGGAAAUCACACAAAACUCAUGAGCACACGACUAAAAAUGGUAGUAGUAGUAGCAGCAGUAAUAAUAUUCAUCAUAACAAUAAUAAUAGUCAUCAUAAUCAUCAAUAUGCACAUCAUGGGCAUCGUUCACCUGAAAAAAUGAACGAGACACACAGUCAUCAAAGAAAGUAUUCAUCAGACGAUACUCAAGAGCAUUCAGCACAUUCAAAACACAAACAAAAAUCACAUUCACACAACGAUAACAGCGGUAACUCAAGCAAACGAGAACACGAAGCUGAAAGCAAUGGUAGUGGUAGUGGUGAACAUGUUCGGCAUAAAAUGAGUUCGAAGCAUCAUAGCAAAGAUGAUCGUCAUCAUCGGUCUAGGCAUGAAAUUCAACACAAUGGCGAUGAAUAUAGUGAUAAAAAGCAUAAGAGUUCAAGCAAAGAUAAACAUUCAGAACAUCAUAAAUCGCAUUCGAGUAAGCAUAAGCGAUCCCGUGAAUCGGAUCACACGUCCAGUUCAUCAAAAAAGCGUAAGAGUGAUUCCACAUCAUCGUCAUCACAAAAUGAUGAGAAAAAAACAACCAAAACGACAUUUAAGCACGUUGACGAUGGAAUUGAAAUCGAUCAUUCAAUGGGCACGAGUUUUGCAGAUGCAUUAGGAAUGUUAGCGCCGCCGCCAAGUCUUUCUGGCAAGGCUUCAACUUCAUUGUCAUCAUCUUCAACGAGUGGAAAGUCGUUAAGUAAAAUUGUAAGCCCAAAAUCAUCAACGUCGUCGUUUAGUAGCCAGAGUAACCAAAGUAGCCAGAGUAAGAUCAAAACUAAUGAAAAACCAAAAGCCUCAAUAAGUUCAUCAUCACGGUCGAAGACAUCAUCAACACCGUCAUUACUAUUGCAAAAGCCUAAAUUACCUCCACUUGAAAUUGAUUUAGCAAAGGAUUUGCCGCCGCCAAGCGAAUUUUUUAUAUCAAACGAUUAUAAACCAACGCCGCUCAAUCCAAUGAUUCUGGAUUGUUUAUAUAAAGGAACAAAAUCCCAACCAAUUACAAUGUUAAGUGAAACUGAUUCAUUAUGCGCAAGCACAACAUCGAAAAAUCAGCGCACCAAAGUCUAUUCAGGUGUUAAAACUGGUGUAUUAUUAACCGUUCCAUCAUUACAUGAAUUAUGUAUACGUUUUCUACAAAAAAAUGUUGAUGCCCUCGAAUAUACCGGCGGUGUACCAUUUGAGAUUUUAAAGCCCGUACUUGAGCGUGCAACGCCCGAGCAAUUGGCAUUAUUUGAACAUUAUAAUCCAUAUUUGGUGAAUGACAGCGAUAUACUUUGGCAACAACAUUGCCAACGUAAAUUUAAGGCGUACAAACGUCAAGAGAUGGAAACAUGGCGUGAAAUGUAUGAUCGAUGUCAGAGUGAACAAGAGGCACGAUUAAAUCGGCUUACGAAAAAUAUCAUACAAUCACAAUCGGUUGCAAUUCCGGUGCGUCAAACCAAAUUGGCAUAUGUGGACAGCAUGGUUAAGCCACCACGAAACAUAAUAAAAAAACAAAAUCAAUUUGGAACGCACCGUAAACCGAUCGCAACACCAGCUGCACGAGUUGAUGCACUUAGUUCAGUUGCAUCGAAUAUCACCCGACCCGGCGAUAUUCGAUUGAAGACAACGACAUCAAUGAGAGAUACAGCACAAGCGCAGCCAUCAAAUAUGGCCUUUAAGCCAAAGAAAGCACCGCUUAUGGCUAAAACUUUACAGCUGUUGAAAGGCAGAAUGAGGCGAUAAACAACAAAUCCAUCUAUACAAUCUAUACAAUUUAUUUACUCUUUUUUUUUCUAAAUUCUAUAAUUUAUUUGUUCGUUUUCCUACUUUUCUGUGUAUCUUUUCAUAAUUCCAUUUUUUCUCUUAAAAUUAUUGUGGAAUACUAUAUUAUUUAAAUACAACAUUUUUGAAUAUUAAAAAUUGAUUUAGAAAAAAAAAAGAAACAUUUUACCUCUUUUCAUGAGUGAACAAAUUGAAUACGUACAUUGUGAAGAGAUAUGGAUGAUCCAUGGGUAAAUGAUGACUGAAAACACUGUUAGAAAAUCACCCAAUUAACAAACACACAAUUCUGUUUUCUAAUUUGAAUUUUUAUUGAUUCAUUUGUUUGAAAAAAAUGCGCGAAUUUUGAUGCUUGAGCGAGAUGUUGACGGUACACGUUUGUGCGUUUCAAGAGCUCCCAAUGCACGAAAUGGUAUCGUCAAAAUUGAAAAACACUUUGAGCGCUCGCUUGCAACCCGUAUCAUUUGAGAUCAAUAAUUUAUUACUAUUACUAUUUGAUGACGAUGAUGUUGAUGUGCUUGCCAUUGGAGUAUGAGAGCUUGAAUUGGAACUAAACACGAAAAAAAGAAAAACAAACCAUAACAUUUAAGCGAUGCAUAAUAAAUGAAUUAUUUUUAGCAACGAAAAAAUAAAACGUUGAUUCGAAAUCGAAACACUACUUACGCGCUUUGUGCAAUUUUGUUUACUGAAUAAACGCGUACUGAACCGUCCGCACAGCACGAUGCUAAUUUUGAACCGGUUGAAUUCCAUACGAUAUUGUUUACAUCUGC